UUAAUUUUCUGUGAUUGGUACCUUUGCAAAAAAAAGAAAGAAAGAAAACGAGCCACGAGUGACGAGCCUACUCGAAGCAUCGUGAUAUACUAGAAUAGGAGGUUCCUCCCUCCCUCCCUGCCUCAAUCCACCAAACCAAAACCCGCCCGGUUCUCAGGAUCCGCUCCACGCGAGCUCCCCUGUCCCCAGCUCCCCGCCUCCGCGUCGCGCUCGCGCCCAAGCAAGUGCUAGCAGGCUAGCAGCAAAGCAAGCCUUCCCUGAUGGCUCUGGUGCCCUCAGGCUCGGGUGCCGGCCAGGUGAUCGCCGAGGUGGCGAUGAACGGCGGCGCCGACCCGAACGCGACCACCGUGCGCGCUACCGUCGUGCAGGCGUCCACCAUCUUCCACGACACGCCCGCCACUCUCGAUAAAGCAGAGAGAUUGAUAGCAGAAGCUGCUGGGUAUGGUUCACAGUUAGUUGUCUUUCCGGAAGCUUUUAUUGGAGGCUAUCCUCGUGGAUCCACAUUUGGCUUCGGGAUCAGUAUUAGUAUUAUUAAUCCAAAAGACAAGGGAAAGGAAGCAUUCCGGAGGUAUCAUGCAGCUGCUAUAGAUGUGCCUGGUCCAGAGGUUACACGAUUAGCUGCUAUGGCUGGAAAAUAUAAGGUUUUCUUGGUUAUGGGGGUGAUUGAAAGGGAAGGUUAUACCCUUUAUUGUUCAGUGCUUUUCUUUGAUCCUCUUGGCCGUUACCUGGGUAAGCACCGCAAGCUCAUGCCAACAGCAUUAGAGAGAAUUAUAUGGGGAUUUGGGGAUGGAUCGACUAUUCCUGUUUAUGAUACUCCACUUGGAAAGAUUGGGGCGCUCAUUUGCUGGGAAAAUAAAAUGCCACUUUUGAGGACAGCGCUGUAUGGUAAAGGUAUUGAGAUAUACUGUGCCCCCACUGCUGACUCCAGGCCUGUUUGGCAAGCCUCCAUGACACACAUUGCUUUGGAGGGGGGAUGCUUUGUCUUGUCAGCAAACCAAUUCUGCCGCAGAAAGGACUACCCUCCCCCACCGGAGUAUGAGUUUGCUGGUUUAGGUGAAGAGCCAUCUGCAGACACUGUUGUUUGCUCUGGAGGCAGCGUUAUCAUUUCUCCAUCUGGAGAAGUCUUAGCAGGUCCCAACUAUGAGGGAGAGGCACUGAUUACAGCCGACCUUGACCUGGGAGAGAUUGUUCGAGCCAAGUUUGAUUUCGACGUGGUGGGCCACUAUUCUCGACCUGAAGUCCUUAGCUUGGUAGUGAAUGACCAGCCACAUCUCCCUGUGUCUUUCACGUCUGCCGGUGAGAAGACUCCAGCUGCCAAGAGUGACAGCGAUGCUAAGUCUUACUGAUUGAGUGUGGCCAUGAAACUAUGUUGUACCGAAGCCUUGGUGAAGGUCGCUCAGCUCCUCUGGUUUGCUGUUUGUGUGUCGUGGAUGGGAGUUGGGAAUUGUAGCUUUUGAACUCUAAAAGUUCUCUUUAAUGAGGCGGAAAAAAUAGUAGAUGCAGUUAUGUUGCUUGUAAAGUCUUGUAUUCGGUGAAUAACUCUGCCAGAACUAUGAAUCCUAUUACUAUCGUUGUAGUUUCGAAUAGUACCAAAUGAUAAUCGCCCGUUUUGGGCUGCAUAUGUUUA